UACCUCCUCGCACAUUUUCCCCCUGUCCUCGUUGCUUCUCUCGCACUCCUCUCCCCGCAUUUUAGUCGUUGCAAUCGUGCUCAAUCGUCCCUCGUUUGUGCUGAUGAUGUGAAGCCAACCUCACAACAGGAACCAAACCUCUCGAAGCCGCUCCCUACCGCUCUGGUUCUGCGUUGUGCAUGCUCACUACUCUGCAACUGCACUCAACAGUUUCGUCAUGCUUGGAAUCUCGUUGGAAGAAGGUUGUCCAUCCUCACUCAACCCCACGCGUGUGAAGGAGCAGGGACAGGGAGCGUUAAGAGGUGGCGUGAGGUGGAAGGGGGAGCGCUUGAGUGUUUGCGGAGGUUGACUCGGAGGGAGGUGAAGAGAAAUCGUGAUCGCCAUGGAGUGGGACGUUGGAUCACGCGGUGGGGCUCUGCCAUUAGGGUCGCUUGGGGUGUGUGUUGUUUGCCUUGCGAGUGGGUUGAGAUCGGUUUAGUGGAGAGUGGAGAGUUCACAGAGGGUUGAGCCAUGGAAGACGACCGAAAAGUGAUAUUACAUGUGUAUGAUGUCACGAAUAGCGCUAAUGUGCGGACGAACUCGGUCAUCGUGAACCUUAAUAAGAUUAUGCGCGGUGGUAUUGGCUUAGGUGGCAUCUUUCAUGGAGCAGUAGAGGUUUAUGGAAAGGAAUGGUCAUUUGGGUUUUGUGAGAAUGGAAGUGGAGUUUUCAGCUGUUCUCCAAAGAAAAACCCCAUGUAUACGUACAGAGAGAGCAUUCCAUUGGGAAAGACAGUAAUGGCGAAGGCAGACGUACAAAAAGUUUUGAGAGACAUUUCACGAGAAUGGCCUGGGAAUCGUUACGAUCUUCUUAAGCGUAAUUGCAACCAUUUUUGCGAUGCACUUUGUUGCAAGAUUGGGGCUCAGAAACUGCCAUUGUGGGUGAACAGAUUUGCAAAUGCUGGUGAUGCUGCAAUUGAAGUUGCCGAGAAAACUAUGGAAGGGUUGCGGCAAGCGAAAGUGGAGGUGAUGUCAGUAACCAAGAAUGCCAUGCGUUUUAUGUUUGGAUCUGGUUCACCAUCUUCAGAGUCUCCCAAUAGUAAUUCAGGUCGACGUAGCUCCUUCAAUACGGGAAGCUCAUCUAGGUUUUUUUCAAGAAAUUCUUCGUCAUCGUCGCAGAAUGGAGAUGGUGGGCGUCUUAGUAGACUAUCAAGUAACUCCACAGAGCAGCGCCCUACUUCACUUCCUUGGCAAGAAUGUGCACUAUCGCCUUCAUCCUUUGACAGCCCAAGUGAUAGCCCUCGAAGAUCUCUAGACUCUUCAUCGCAUAAGCUUUUGCAAUGAUCUGGGUUUCCCUACCUCAACAGUCAUCGACUUAGGUAUCCAGCUUAUGUUUACAACGCACUAUGACACGCAUAUCUGAACUCGAAGGAGACACUGAAAUACAAACGAACCUAGGGGGAAAGCAGAUCCCUUGGUGGUCCUUUCUGCCAUCGCUAGCUAUUUCGAAAGCAUUCCGAUUUCUUUUGCGAACUCCCAUUUUUAGAUUUCAGAUGCUGUUGCUGUGCACUUUGGACAACUUUGUGGGCAAAAUUUUGGAGUCUCCUUGUGGAGCAGAGGGUGGUUUGCCAGGGAAGGUUCUUUGUUGUUACAUUGCAAGGGUGAAGAUGACGACGAUGUAGCGAUGGACUGGGCUAGUAAUGUAGUCAUUAAAUGUUAACUGCAUAGGGGCAAGUCAGUGUGCAAUUAUACCGGAUGAGUGGUUUUUGCCAUUCCGCCAAGGAUGUACUUUUGCACAGCAAGUGGCUUGUGAAUAUUAUAGCUUUGUCACCAUGUCAUUGCAGGGACCAACCAGUGAUGCUGUUCUCAGAC